AUGGCCCCCAUCAACUCAGAAGAAAAUACAAAACGUCAACUGUCCAAAAUUCCCCAAGAUCUAUCUGAGGAUGAGCUUGCAGACGUAGAACCAUCAUGGCAAUGGAUCUACAACUCUACCCUAACGACCGAACGAGGUGAUGGAACACAGAGCGACAGAAAACGAAGAAAAGUGACAGGCGACAGGAUUUUCGGGGCAAGGAUUGGCCAAUUUGAAUGCAGAAUUGGAGACGCUGUCAUGCUCAAAGCCGAUGGCUCUAAUGAGGCCUGGAUCGCCUUGAUCUGCGAAUUUGUUGAAGACGAUGGCGAGGGAGAGAAAGCAGCGAACUUUAUGUGGUUUUCGAGUGAAAAGGAGAUCAGAAGUAGGGAUAAGAAACGAUCCGAUUACUACCCAAAUGAACUCUAUAUCUCUCCAUCAUGGGAUAUCAACCCCCUGGCAUCAAUCAACGGCAAAGCUAAGAUCAUGUCUCAAGAUGGUUUUCUUGCGAGAUACCCCCAGGGUAAGGUUCCUCGAAAUGAUCCAGACUUCGGUAAGGUCUUUGUCUGUCGACGAGGCUGCAAUACCCGCACUGCUACAUAUACAGACGAGGUCAAGACUGGUACAAAAGUCACACGACGUCGCCGAAAGGCUCGGAGUCCAUCACCUUCUGAUGAUACUUAUCAUCCAGCUCAAAUCCCGCAGACGCCAACCAAAACAGGACGGGGAUCAGUAGCUGCUACGCCAACUUCACGAAGGAGCCAAGCCACACCAGGCUCUCGUGUCAAAAGGAGUGCAAGCAAGAGACUUGAGUUUACGCCUUUGGCCACACGCAAACUGUCGCCCAGUCAAGUUGAAUCUUCACCUUUCCAGAUAGCACGAUCUCGCCUGCAUGUCUCCUCGGUCCCAACCAGUCUUCCUUGUCGGGAAGGAGAAUUUUCUUUGGUUUAUUCCCAUCUCGAAGCAGCUAUUUCGGACGGCGCAGGUAACUGUAUUUACAUUUCUGGAACACCCGGAACAGGAAAAACAGCGACGGUCCGCGAGGUCGUCUCCAGGCUCGAAGACGCUGUAGGCUCUGAUGAGCUGGACGAUUUCAUAUUCGUGGAGAUCAAUGGUAUGAAGAUUACGGACCCUCACCAAUCCUAUACUCUUCUCUGGGAAGCCCUUAAAGGGGAGAGAGCUAGUCCAGCGCAGGCUCUUGAUCAUCUGGAACGAGAGUUCAGCAACCCCAGCCCUCGCCGAAUUCCUUGUGUUGUGCUCAUGGAUGAGCUUGACCAACUAGUCACCAAGAAUCAAGCCGUCAUGUAUAACUUCUUCAACUGGCCCACUUUACGACAUAGCCGUCUUAUUGUACUUGCAGUUGCCAACACUAUGGAUCUUCCCGAGAGAACCCUCAGCAAUAAGAUCAGCAGUCGACUAGGUCUAACACGUAUCACGUUCCCUGGUUACAAUCACGAACAACUGAUGAAGAUCAUUCAGUCACGACUAGAAGGAGUCCCUGGGAAUAUCGUAGAUCCUGACGCUAUACAGUUCGCCAGCCGAAAGGUAGCCGCAGUCAGUGGUGACGCUCGGAGAGCCCUUGACAUCUGCCGCCGAGCUGUAGAGCUCGCCGAGGCCGACGCUCCUAGUGAUCCUGCAACUCCAAGCAAGCGAGACAAUCAAACGCAACCCAAAGGUUCAGGUCGUGUUACUAUUGCGACAAUCAAGAAAGCCAUCAACGAGGCAACCACUAAUCCCAUUCAACAACACCUUCGAAGCUUGCCUUUGAUGUCCAAGCUUGUCAUGGCAGCUCUUUUGCUGCGUAUUCGAAGAACAGGUCUUGCCGAGACAACCUUCGGGGAUACCCUCGAUGAGAUACACCGUGCCUGCCUUCGAGCCCCAGCAGCACUUCCAGGUGUAGCAGCAGUUCUCAAUAAUGGCCUGAAAGGAACGCAGAUGGGAAGUCAGCGCCCAAUGACCAGACCCGGUCACAUUCACACAGCGGCGCUCGAAUUAGUAGCAGCCGGCCUGGUUAACCUUGAAGCUCAGCGCACAGAGAGGUCCAGUAAGCUCCGUCUUUCUAUUGCAGACGAUGAAGUAAAAAUGGCACUCCGUGAUGACGGAGACCUUAAGGCGUUGGGUAUCGGUGUAUAA